CAUCCAUAACAAUUCGAAAGGUCGAUUUAGCCACCAGCAAGUUUCGUUCAUUUUUGAGCCGGGGUUGGGCCGGGAGGGGAAGGUCUUCGAAAAUGAAGCUGCCCAAAAUGCCGCUUCAUUGCUUCAACCUUCAGCCCCAACCUUUGACACUCCCCGCCCGCUAACUCAACCGAGUUAUUGCCCUCUCGCAGGCCAUUCAGCAGUACUCGUCGACAGUGACAAGCACAAUGGCGGACAAAAACCAAGUCCAGUCGGCGUGGAAGAUCAUCCCACAUUUCCGGUCUGACAAUAUCCAAACCACGGUCGACUUCUACACACGAGUGCUUGGUUUCACGGUUGGCGGCAUCCACACAGAUGAUCAGUCAGGCAAACAGACAUUCUGUUCGCUCUAUGCGGGUGACAAAGCGGCGGCCAACAUCUACUUCUCCAGUGCUGUUACGCAGUCGUCGGCAUGGAUCGCGUUAGGCACGGCAGAGCUGGAUGACUUCUACCAAGAGCUAAAGUCGCACGGGAAUGCUGAGAUGGUAGAGGACAUCGCAGAUAAGGAGUGGGGAUACCGGCAGUUUACAAUCAAAGAUACGGACGGGAACAGGCUCACCUUUUUCAAGUUUCUGGAGGAUGGAAAUCCCGGGAAUGGAGCAGAGUGAGGAGACAGGUCGAUGAAUACCCCG